CCACCUUCUCUCUCCCACCACUAGUCCCUCUCUGCUUCUCUCUCUAAACUCCAACCCUCUCCCACUCCCUCUUCCUAUUCCUAUUCGGGUGGCUUGAUGUGAAGAGAAUGCCCGCGACGGAAUUCCAAAGGUCGUCGGCAGCUGGGUUCAACCAAUUCGGGCGCUCCUCCGUCUUCAGCCUCAGACGCCGCCCCCACCACCACAACCUCGUCAAUCCAGUCAUGGACGGCGCCACAGCUCUCGACCUCGACACCUUCCAGACCCACGUCGCCGAUUGCUUCCAACACCUCUCCUCCCCCUCCCAAGACCUCCUCUCCCUCUCCUGGCUCCGCGACCUCCUCGACGGCUUCCUCCGCAUUCACCACCAGUUCAAGCUCCUCCUCCUCUCCACCCCAAAAUCCAACGUCAGCAGGCCCGCCGUCGACCGCCUCCUCUCCGAUUACUUCGAGCGCAGCGUCAAGGCCCUCGACGUCUGCAAUGCGAUUCGCGACGGGAUUGAGCAGAUGAGGCAGUGGCAGAAGCUCUUGGAGAUUGUGCUCUGCGCUCUCGACCGGGACCGGACUCUCGGCGAAGGCCAGUUCCGGCGAGCCAAGAAGGCCCUCAUAGAUUUGGCUAUUGCAAUGCUAGACGACAAGGACAGCUCCAACAACACCACCCUCGCCCACCGCAACCGGUCCUUUGGCCGGAGCAACAACGCCCCGGCCAAAGACUACCGGUCGAUGGGCCACUUCCGAUCUCUGUCGUGGAGCGUCUCGCGGUCGUGGUCGGCCGCGAGGCAGCUACAGGCGAUUGGGAACAACCUCUACGCGCCGAGGCCCAAUGAAGUCGUGGCGACCAAUGGGCUGGCGUCGGCUGUGUUCACCGUCAAUUCUGUUCUACUGUUCGUAAUGUGGGCCCUGGUGGCGGCGAUUCCGUGCCAGGACCGCGGCCUCCAGGUCCACUUCACGAUUCCGAGGACCUUCGGGUGGGCGGCGCCGCUGCUUUCGCUGCACGAGAGGAUAAUGGAGGAGUCGAAGCGGCGGGACCGGAGGAACGCCUGUGCGCUUUUGAAGGAGAUUCAUCAGAUCGAGAAAUGUUCCCGGGUCAUAAGCGAAUUGGCUGAUUCGGUUCAGUUUCCGUUGAGUGAGGAGAAAGAAGGGGAGGUCAGGCAGAGAGUUCAGGAGCUUUCGCAGCUCUGCGAGGGGAUAAAGGAGGGGUUGGACCCUCUGGAAAGACAGGUCAGGGAGGUCUUCCACGGAAUUGUGCGGAGCAGAACAGAAGGGAUGGACUCCUUGGGAAAGUCCAAUGAAUAACCCCAAAAACCCAGAUGAUCAAUUUUAUUCGUGAAUUAUUGCCCAGCAAGACUCAAGUGCUUGUUGAUGAAGAUGAUCAAUUUUGAAGGGCGUCUGCAAAAUUGGGUAAGGGAGGAGAUAUGACCCUUUCUUGUAUUUAAUCAGUCAAUCACCAUAUAUGUGUAAAGAAGAAAUUAGGAUGUGCAAAGCAUGGACCUUCCUGGUCUAUCUUGCUCUUUUUUUUUCGCUUUUGCCUUUUUGUUGGGUAUCUAUUUUGUAUAAUGGAAGUUCUCAGCAAGCUUCUGGCUGCUGCUUUUGA